AUGGCCUACGAGCGAGGGACCGUCGUUCCCAGCACCUUUGAUCCUGGCAUUGUAGCAGCCUCCUACUUCGCCAGCCUGACAGGAUGUCUCCUGACCGUCGAGAUUCUCCACCGCCGUGGUACAGCGUUCGGAAACGUCAGAAGUUGGUAUGGAAAUGAGCAGACCUCGAUGAUGAAAAUGGCUGAUGGCUCUUGCAGGGCCGAGACAGUGGCAUGCGCCACUUCCAUGGGACUUGUCGGAAUCUGGUGUAUGCACUUCAUUGGUAACCGUGCAAUCGUUCUCGGAAAUGGCAUGCCCAAAUAUCAGCUUGUCUACAAUCCCGGAUACACAGUCCUGUCUGUGUUUCUGCCGAUCCUCGGACUGACCAUCGCCUUCUCCGCCGCCGAGCUUCCAGCGAAAAAACCAAUCCUUCACUGGGCUGCAUUGUCACUAACAGGAGUCUUUGCUGGCUUGUCGGUGGUAGGCAUGCACUACUUAGGAAACUUCGGUGUUGCCAAUUACAGGCUCAACUAUAGCUCUCGAUAUCUGGCAGCAUCGAUCGUCAUCGCCAUCGGAGACUGCCUCACAGUAUUGGUUCUAUUCUACAACUUGCGCGAAAAAUGGAUCAGUGCGUGGUGGAAACGUGUGAUGUGCGCGGCAGCACUUGCAGGAGGCAUAUCUGCAAUGCACUUCACAGCCUCCACGAGCUGCCAAUACGAAUUUCAAUCCGUCAAUUCUGGCAAAGACAUCGAUUCUCGCGACACUCAGGUGAUUGUCGCCGGCGUCCUCUGUGCUACCGCAGCAUUGAUGGUCCUGGGCGUUCUGCUCAUUACCCGGACCAGAUACCGGAUCUUGAGAAACAGAUCCCAGAAAGUCAUGCUUGCAUGCGCUAUGUUUGAUCCCACAGGUCGAGUUCUUGUCACCACUGAUGGUGUGCUACCAUCACGAGAGAUCACAGACAAGUACGUCCAUAGGACAUUUGACGAGGACUUUGACACCACCCAUCCGGUUUUCCAAUGGAUCUAUCGAGUGACAUUUCACUGGUCUGGCGUAAGCGAAUUGAUUCCAAAGAUGAAGAGCCAUCUCGCUGCAGAAAGAGAGAGUACUUGUGAGGAAUCGCGUCCGGCCAGCUCGUCAUCGAGCGUGAUAUACGACGCAGAAACUUACAGCAACUAUGCACUGGUCUUCAAAGAACGCUUUUGCGUAGCGGCGUCUUCGUUGGCUGCGUCGAUGCACCUUCCAGUUGAACAACUUGGUGUCCUAUACGACAACAUCAUCGAGACAGGGACACUCAAGGUCGAAGCGAAGGAUCACAAACGGAAUAAGUCAUCCGAAGAGAGAAGUUUGGCUGAAGUUGAGUCUGCCCUUCGAUUGAACCUGUUCGGAAAAGGCCAGCUCAUGUUCAUCACCAAGGAGCUGUCAGAGGAUGAAACCAAUAACAUGCUGAACGCUGGGUUCAAAUUCGCCAACGUGCAGCAUGUGGGUAGGACUAUAGCUCAAGCUAUGCAGAUCCCGCAAAACAUUCUUGAUGCGCAUAUGGGCGGACUGAAGCGCUACAACGAGCACCUGAUAAGCAUGGAUAAACCCGGAACCUACCUCAGUUUUUUCGCGAUGAUUCCGAAGCCAAAUGGCAAAGGUUUUGACAUCGCAGUAAGGAAAGACUGCCAAGACCAACUACCGGACCAGCCUCUCCUUACUGGUAAGCCAUUCCAAUGGCAGGCUCUGUUUCUCGAGAAACUGGAUGGCUUUUUGGUGAAGCAGUGCGUGGAUUUUUGCGACAACCGCACCAGUGCGAUCCCUCGAGCACCACAUGAACAGCAGUUUGCAGUGAUGGUGAAGCAAGCCAUGGUGACAUUGACCCAGCAAUUUCCUGCUGAAUGGAGAAACCAAGCAAGAUUUUGGGCUCGGCCACUUUCAGCACACUACUCGCACAGACUGCAAACCCGAUCGACGAUAACGACGCUGUACGCUUUCACAGUCAUCGGCGACAUGCAUGCCUCCAUCGAAGCCUCGGACGCCGUCACCAGGAUACCACGAACAUUCUUCGAGGCUCGCCAUCGAUGCUACGCAGGCUCGCCCGACCACACCAUGUUGACAAAGGACAUCCACGCGUCGUUUGGUCCACUCUUGUCUCGGAAGAUCCCAAAGCCUAAGAAGCAUCGUCGACACGGCAAGCUUUCUGUCGCACUUGCAUCGAGCCCCAUGGCACACCUCAAAAAGCAUUCGAUUGGAGGUCAAACUUCUAGUUCACGCGAAAGCAUGGACCGUAUUGACGAGCACUCGUCUACGCAUGAACUUGUCGACGAGCCAAUGCAUCCAUCAGACUCAUCUCGAGGCAGUGAGAAGCAACAACGAAAUGACUGGGGAGGCAUUCUCGUGAAUAGUGAGACUGUCAUCAAGACUGACAGCAAAACCGAAUUCUCCAACGACGAUCAAGAUGACCUGGCCGUGCCUUAUGGUCUCAAAGUUGCUGUUGGCACUGCGAAGCCUGAGACCACUUUCGUGGAUGAGCUUGUUACGAUUACGAAGGAACGUUUCCUACCGGCUUCUAAAGCCGGGAUGUAGUGGAUUAUCCAAGGGUUGGACAUGACUGUACGCUGGAAGGAAGUCACGAGAGGUGCAUGUGUUUUUCUUUUCCUUAUUUUCCUUCAAGAGAUACCCAUUUGAUUGUAUGCGGCUGGAAAAGGACAGGGUUGGAAAUGGAAAGAAGGAGGAAUCACUGGACCUCGAUGUAUCUUAACCCGAGCAGAGCUAGUUCUGUAACGUAGCACUGGUUGCUCG